ACUGACCGGACUGUGCUGACUGACAUGCGUACGUCGAAUCAGAUGCUUUACGUCGAAUCAGAUGCUUUACGUCGAAUCAGAUGCUUUACGUCGAACCAGAUGCUUUACGUCGAACUAGAUGCUUUGCGUUGAACCAGAUGCUUUACGUCGAACUAGAUGCUUUACGUCGAACCAGAUGCUUUACGUCGAACCAGAUGCUUUACGUCGAACCAGAUGCUUUACGUCGAACCAGAUGCUUUACGUCGAACCAGAUGCUUUACGUCGAACUAGAUGCUUUACGUCGAACCAGAUGCUUUGCGUCGAACCAGAUGCUUUACAGCGACAUUAGCCGCGCACAGCAUCAAAGCGAUGAGCGGCAAGUCAGCCAGAAGAAAAUAGCAAAUCUCUGCCCGUUUGCACACAAGAAACAUGGAGUGUAUCGCUUCGGAAGUCCAGCUGCUGCUCUCUAUGCAACAAGCGUCGAUCCAAUAGCCAUCACCUUCACAUCUCGCAACACAUCACAUCGUGUUGAUCUGGUACCCCUUGAGCCAAUGGUAGUUGCCAGAAAUGCACUGUCUGUGCGCCACCUCCUCGUGCUCCCAGGUGUGGGAUGGUAUCGCACAAGGUGGAAUGUUACUGCCAAAGUAUCCUUUGACAAGUCGUGUUUUCACAUUGAUCAGCCACAUGCCUGCAGGCGCUCAUGGCUGAGGGAAUUCAAGCGGCACUUGACGCUACGCCGAAUGGAACGGGGGAAGGCUGGGCAGCUGGUCGCAAGCAAUCGCGCGGAUGAGGGUGCGUAUGCCGUGGUACAGGGGAUGGUCGGAUGGGCUUUGGACACGCGAGUUCGAUGCGGGUGCUGCCCAGCACGGCAAAUGGGGUGAUGCAGCCUCGCGCACCAGCCUUGCGACAAUCACCGGAGACUUUUCCCCUGUGGUUUCCACGGCUUCGAUUCGCAACUCAACGAGGCGUCGCUACGAUUUGACGCCAACCGAUAUUUUUCUUGGCGUCAUAUGAUCAAUGCAGGUACGCGAGCCUGAAGGAAACCGCGA